AUGGCCUUCCUUCGCUCGCUCCAGGCUACAGAGCCUCUUCUACAGAGAUUAGCCGUCUACCGCAGCACCGCCCGCCCGAUCGCGUCCUCCAUUCCAAUCUCCAACCUCUCCCGCGCAACAGGCGCCCGAUACUUCAGCAAGCCCACCUCCGCACGCGCUCAAAAUACCACAACACCAUCGCCAACCACCCCCAAACCCGCUCCCUCUUCCCCCGCCCCCAGCGCCGCCGCCGCCAACAACAACAACGCAAAAAACCACCCAACAACCCCAAACAUCUCCAAAACCGGUCUGGAUGACAAACCCCUCGAGCUCGACAACCCAGUCAACGACAAAAUCGACUGGACGCGCUCGUUUCACGGCCUCUCUGCGGAGCCCUUCCCGCGCGAAAUCGCCGACAUCCUGCUCGCCGAGACAGACCCUGAGGAGGUCGAGAUCAAACCCGAUGGCAUCCUGUACCUCCCCGAGAUCAAGUACCGCCGCAUACUGAAUAAGGCGUUUGGGCCCGGUGGGUGGGGGCUUGCGCCCCGGAGUGAGAGUAUCGUUACGCCGAAGACGGUUACGAGGGAGUAUGCGCUUGUUUGUCAUGGGCGGCUUGUCUCCGUAGCCCGCGGCGAACAAGAUUACUUCAGCCCGGACGGCAUCCCCACCGCGACUGAGGGCUGCCGAUCCAACGCGCUCGUGCGGUGCUGCAAGGAUCUAGGCAUAGCCAGCGAACUGUGGGAUCCGCGCUGGAUCCGCAAGUUCAAGGCGCAGUACACCCGCGAGGUCUGGGUCGAGCAUGUGGUCUCCAAGAAGAAGAACAAAAUCUGGACGCGCAAGGAUGAUCCUGUUUCGUAUCCGUGGAAGGAGACGAAAUAG